UCCUCCUCCUCCUCCUCCUCCUCCUCCUCGCAUUCCCCUUCCCCAACCCCGGCACAUCUGCAGCUGAGCUUGCAAAGGUUUGACAAAGAGCCAGGGCUGGGCCGGGCCGGGCCGAAGGGGUGGGUGGGCCGCGGAGAGAAGGCAGGCGCCGGAGGAAGAGGCCGAGGGGAAAGGCAGGGGCACGGCCGGGCUGGCCGGACAACGGACGGCCGCGGGACAAGAGGAGGAAGGCCCACCGCAGAGCCCUUGCCUCGCCCCAGGCCCCCGAGCUGAGCCCAUUCCUUGACCCAACAAGAAGGUGGGCACAGAGAGCUCCAGAGGGAAUGUGAAGAUGUCGACGCUUCUCGUUCCUCCGAUGCAGACGCUCCAAAUCGGUGCGAAUGGGGAGCGGUCCCACACUCCGUCUCCCCCAAACUCGCCAGGGCUUCACAACGAAAGCUGCAACAUCGCUCCUCUCACUCCCUCUCCAUCACCGAGGAACGAAGUCCGGACACGCCGACACGCCACCUUCUCUGUGGUGGUGGCCAUUGACUUUGGGACCACGUCCAGCGGCUACGCCUUCAGCUUUGCCAGCGACCCAGAGGCCAUCCACAUGAUGAGGAAGUGGGAAGGGGGGGACCCGGGGGUGGCGCACCAGAAGACCCCCACCUGCCUGCUGCUGACCCCCGAGGGCGCCUUCCACAGCUUCGGCUACACGGCCAGGGACUCCUUCCACGACCUGGACCCCGAGGAGGCGCGCGAGUGGCUCUACUUCGAGAAGUUCAAGAUGAAGAUCCACAGCGCCAGCGACCUGACCAUGAAAACCGAACUGGAAGCCGUCAAUGGGAAGAAGGUGCAGGCGCUGGAAGUCUUUGCGCACGCCCUCCGCUUCUUCAAGCAGCAAGCCGUGCAGGAGCUGAAGGACCAGUGUCCCGCUUUGCCCGAGAGGGAUGCCAUCCGGUGGGUCAUCACCGUCCCAGCCAUCUGGAAGCAGCCGGCCAAGCAGUUCAUGCGGGAGGCCGCCUACUUGGCCGGCCUGGUCCCCCCGGAGAGCCCGGAGCAGCUGCUGAUCGCCCUGGAGCCGGAGGCGGCCUCCAUCUACUGCCGGAAGCUGCGCCUGAACCAGCUCAUGGACCUCAGCGAGGGGCCCCGCGGACCCCACGGCCGGCGCGCCCCAGACCUCCCCAUCGACUCCAGCUUCCGGCAGGCCCGAGAGCAGCUCCGCCGUUCCCGGCACAGCAGGACCUUCUUGGUGGAGUCCGGGGUGGGAGAGCUCUGGUCCGAAAUGCAAACAGGGGACCGCUACAUCGUGGCCGACUGCGGCGGGGGGACCGUGGACCUGACGGUGCACCAGAUCGAGCAGCCCCAGGGCACCCUCAAGGAGCUGCACAAGGCCUCCGGCGGCCCGUACGGGGCGGUGGGGGUGGACCUGGCCUUUGAACGCCUGCUGUGCCAGAUCUUUGGGGCGGACUUCCUGUCGGCCUUCAAGGCCAAGCGCCCGGCGGCCUGGGUGGACCUGACCAUCGCCUUCGAGGCCCGCAAGCGGACGGCGGCCCCGCACCGGUCCAGCCCGCUCAACGUCUCCCUGCCCUUCUCCUUCAUCGACUUCUACCGCAAGCACCGCGGGCACAACGUGGAGACCGCCCUCAAGAGGAGCAGCGUGAACCUGGUGAAGUGGUCCUCGCAGGGGAUGCUGCGCAUGUCUCCGGAGGCCAUGAACGAGCUCUUCCAGCCCACCAUCAGCCAAAUCGUCCAGCACAUCGCGGAGCUCCUGGGGCGCCCGGAGGUGCAGGGGGUGAAGUUCCUGUUCCUGGUGGGGGGCUUUGCGGAGUCGGCGGUGCUGCAGCAGGCGGUCCAGUCGUCCUUCGGGGGCCUGUGCCGGGUGAUCGUCCCGCAGGACGUGGGGCUGACCAUCCUGAAGGGGGCGGUGCUCUUCGGGCUGGACCCCACCAUCGUGCGGGUGCGGCGCUCCCCGCUGACCUACGGCGUGGGGGUCCUGAACAAGUUCGUGGAGGGCAAGCACCCCAAGGAGAAGCUGCUGGUCAAGGAGGGCAAGCACUGGUGCACCGACGUGCUGGAGAAGUUUGUCUCGGUGGACCAGUCGGUGGCCCUGGGGGAGGUGGUGCGGCGCAGCUACUGCCCGGCCCGCUCCGGCCAGCGCAAGAUCAUCAUCAACGUCUACUGCUGUGCCACCGACGACGCCGUCUACAUCACCGACCCCGGCGUGCGCAAGUGCGGCACCAUCAGCCUCGACCUGGACGACGUGGACGUGGGGGGCUCCCACUCGCCCAAGAGGGCCGGCCGGAGGGAGAUCCGGGCCAGCAUGCAGUUCGGGGACACCGAGAUCAAGGUCACCGCCCUGGACGUCCAGACCGCCAAGAGCGUCAAGGCCUCCAUCGACUUCCUCUCCAACUGAGGACCACCACACGGAGGUCCGGCUGAGAUGCAAAGCUCCUCCGAGACCUCCUUCUCCAUAAACAUGUGGUUCUUUGAGCCAACAGCAUGAAGGAAGAAGGGGGUUGGACUAGGUGGGCUCAAGAGGUCCCUUCCAUCUAUUAUUAUAUUAUUCUUUGCUCAGAAGGAAGCCAAGCUCCGCUUAAGACUGUCUUCUCCAUAAACAUAUGUGGUGGUUUGAGCCAACAGUAUGAAGGAAGGAGGAGGUUGGACUAGGUGGGCUCAAGAGGUCUCUUCUAACUCUAUUAUUCUAUGAUUCUGUGCCUAGAUGGAAGCCAAGCUCCACCUGAGACCCUCUUCUCCAUAAACAUAUGUGGUUCUUCUCCAUAAACAUGUGGUUCCUUGAGUCAACUGGAUGGCCUUUGAGGGACCUUCCCCACCUUUAUGGAGACCUCCUUCUCCAUAAACAUGUGGUUCUUUGAGCCAACAGCAUGAAGGAAGAAGGGGGUUGGACUAGAUGGGAUCAAGAGGUCCCUUCCAACUGUUACUAUAUUCUUCUAUGCCUAGAAGGAACCCAAGCUCCACUCGAGACCCGCUUCUCCAUAACAUGUGGUGCUUUGAUUGUGCACUUCCUUCAUCAAGGAAGGAGGAGGUUGGACUAGGACCACUAGGUGGACUCAAGAGAUCCCUUCCAACUCUAUUAUUCUAUGAUUCUAUGCACAGAAGGAAGCCAAGGUCCACUCGAGACCUCCUUCUCCAUAAACAUAUGUGGUGCUUUGAGUGUGCUUUCCCUGCAUGAAGGCAGAAAGAAGGGGGAUGGACUAAGUGGACUCAAGAGGUCCCUUCCAACUAUUAUUAUCUUAGUCUAUGCCUAGAUGGAAGCCCAGCUCCACUCGAGAUCUCCUUCUCAAUAAACAUAUGUAGUUCCUUGAUCCCACAUCAUGAAGGGGGUUGGACUAGAUGGGCUCAAGAGGUCACUUCCAACUGUUAUUAUUAAUUUUUGCCCAGAAGGAAGCCAAGGUCCACUCGAGACCCCCUUCUCCAUAAACAUAUGUGGUGCUUGACUGUGCUUUCCCUGCAUGAAGGCAGAAAGAAGGGGGUUGGACUAGAUGGGCUCAAGAAGUCUCUUCUACUAUUCUAUGUUUCUAUGCCUGUAAGGAAGACAACCAACACUUCUGUUGGGUGUUCAAAGGACAUCAAGCUGAGACCAAAGCUUAGGGAACAAAGCCCCACCCACCCCUACCCCGCCAAUUCUGGAACGUUUGGACCUACUUAGCUUCCGUUAUCCCUGCAUUGAGCCAUCUUCUGGGGACUCUUGCUGAAUGCUGCACCUGUGGGUGGGUUGGCGCACUAAUCACUCUCAUGGACUUCUCAAGACGGGGCCAACAUCAUUCUGAUCCGUUUGUGCCAUUUGCGCCAUGGCUCUCGGCCUGAUGAAAGCACUUACUUUCCUUGGGUGCUGCAAGGACCAAACUGCCUUUGCAGAAUCCGAGACGAAGCACUCCCUCCCUCAAAGCUCCCAAAUGCCAAAGUUAUUCCAACAGCUGGAGACAUGAAACCCCAACAAGAAAGAAGGUGGAGGCCUUCCCAUCUGGACAACUGUAGGGAAAGUGGAGCAACGGACGGAAGGAAGGAAGGAAGGAAGGAAGGAAGGAAGGAAGGAAGGAAGGAAGGAAGGAAGGAAGGAAGGAAGGAAGGAAGGAAGGGGAGCACUUGAGAACGAGCCUCUUUGAGGCAGCAGAUCAGUGAUUCCCAAAGUGGGCGCUACCGCCCCCUGGUGGGCGCUGCAGCAAUCCAGGGGGGCGGUGAUGGCACCUAUUAGGACACGGGGGUGGGGCCAGAGGAAGGGCGGGGCCUCUUUCCAAGUGCCCAAGACAGGGCUGAGCCCGAGGCGCUUGUUGUGAUGCAGGGGGCGGAGCUAGAGGAGGGGGCGUGGCUUCUUCCCCAGAGCCUGAGACAGGGCUGAGCCUCUAUACCUCUCCUGAGAGGCCUUUUAGGACUAAAGGGUGGGGCUAGGGGCGGGGCCUCUUCCCAAGAGCCUCUAUAUACCUCCCCUGAGGCACUUGUUAGAACAUGGGGGCAGGGUAUGGAGGCCCCGCCCCCUCCUCUAGCCCCGCCCCCUGUGUCCUGGCAGGCACCGCAGGACAGGGAUAGAAGCUCAGCCCUGCCUCAGAGCUCGUAAUUCCGCCCAUCCCAGUCCUGGCCGCCCAUUUGUGGCCCCGCCCACCUUCCCUUCCCAGCCCUGCAUCUUGGAUUAGGGGAGAGGCUCCGCCCGCCCUCUUCAGCAGGAGCCACGCCCACCCCUCUAAGCCACACCCCUUUCCAGGGGGCACUGAGACAUAUUUUUUCUGGAAAGGGGGGGGGGGGUAGGUGAAAUAAGUUUGGGAACCACUGCAGUAGAUAGACGUGAAGGCCCUACACCUGAGUAAACCUCGUCCCAGCGUAACUCUGAGUCCACCCUUUGGACUCAACAUGGGCUUCCAUAUUGGGCCUCAAUGUCUUCCAUGGUGGAGUUUGGAGGACAUGACGCUCACUUCAGGCGUGGACAGGAGGAUGUUUUCCCACUAGCGUCACAGAACGGAUUCUAUCAUCCUGAGUUGCUUCUGCAGAAUUCUGGGAAAUGUAGUCCAGAGCAGAGCCUUUGAGUUCUCAGCUAGAGGUCCUCACCGUUCCUAAGCUUCUGCUGGAAUGUGUUGUUGAAGGCUUUCAUGGCCGGAAUCCGUGGUUUUAGGGAUCUUCAGGCAAGUGAUGUCUCCAGGCAUUGUUUGUGAUCCCCGUGCCCUUUCCUUGUAACUUGAAGCAGAGGAUGCACAACUCGGGGUCACUUUGGGCAGAUUUCCCCAAGAGGAGGUUUAGCUAUUGUCAUCAUCUGAGACCGAGAGUGUGUGACUGGGCCAGGGAUGGGAACCAGAACCGGAACCCACCAUCCUCCUUUUCCUCCGUCCAAAAACCUGGUCAGAACCUGGAUCAAAUCCGUGCAAACUCCCCUUUAAUUCCCAAGAGAACCAAGGCGAAGAGGCAAAACUGGGGAGAAAGAAGCCUUGGGGCCACCAGAAGAAGAGAGUGACCUUUAAGAAAUAACUUAUUACGUAUUCUCUUUAUUAUCUGCUGCAAUGUUUGAGAAUAGUAACUUCUUAUAUUCCUCGGGGUGUGUCGGUUGCUGGUUUUUCAUUACAUUAUAAUCUUGCCAUUGGCUUCAUGCUGAGAUUGGUGAAGGGCCUGGCAGACGUAGACAACCAUCUAGGACUCAAUGGAUCCCUUGGUUCAAAUGGCAGGAAAGGAGAUUCCUCCUGAACAUCAGGAAUCACAUUCUGACCAUAAGAAGAGCUGCUCAGCAGUGGAACUCUCUGCCUCAGGGAGUGGAGGCUCCUUCCUUGCAGGCUUUCAAACAAAGGCUGGGUGGCCAUCUGUCAGGGGGGCUUUGGUUGUGCUUUUCCUGCAUGGCAGAAAGAAGGGGUGCAUUUUCCAGGCUGUAUGGCCAUGUUCCAGAAGCAUUCUCUCCUGACGUUUCACCCACAUCUAUGGCAGGCAUCCUCAGAGGGUGUGAGAUAUACUGUAGAGUCUCGCUUAUCCAAGCUAAACGGGCUGGCAGAACCUUGGAUAAGCGAAAAUGUUGGAUAAUAAGGAGGGAUUAACGAAAAGCCUAUUAAACAUCAAAUUAGGUUAUGAUUUUACAAAUUGCAGAACCAAAACAUCAUUCUUACAACAAAUUAAAAGAAAAAGCAGUUCAA